GAUACAUCCUCCAGGCCCGCCGGAUCUCAGAGGUCCCCGAUCUGUCGCGGUCCGAUUCUGCCCCGGCCCUAGCCUGGUCUCGUUCGCUUCCCCCGGCGCGCCGCCGACUCCAUCGACCUGAUCGUGCAGGCGGCGCGGAGGAGGCCGGACCUCGACCGGCUGGUGUCCGACGGCCUCAUAAACCGCCACCAGCGGCAGGCGCUGGAGAACUUGCGUGACCCCUGGGAGAGGCCAAUGGUUUGCUGGGCGUGGAUAAUGCGCAUCUCCUUGUCGGCGAUGGACUACAACCGCAACCCGGCCCCACGAACCUCCUUCUUGAUGUCCCGUUGCCUCGAAGCCAAAGAUGCGAUGCUCAUGCUGAACACCUACAUGGAGACACCGCUGCCGUUCGGGUACGUUCACUUGAUUUCUUGUUUGGUGAACAUUCAGAAUAUUGUGAUGGCAGUGAGCACUGGCUUUGUGGUCGCGCAGAGUUUGGUUGAUUCACAGUUUUAUCGGAUUGUGGAACAAGUGUUUGCAUUAUGCGUGCUCACUUGCUUAUACCAGGGUAUCUUGCUGAUUUCAUAUGUGAUAGCGGACCCUCUUGGAGACGAGGAGUUAGGUUGGCGGGUUUUCCAAUAACAGGUUUUAUGAACCACGUGAUGUUGACGGUCAAUGCCAUUUUCAAGAUGCAGGCUGAUUGUCCCGUUGUGUCUGAUAAUGGGAUGUUGCACCACCCUUCGGCUGGAGGCUCAGAUGAUUAUCCGGCUGCGCUACCGCGCACAUCUACCACGCUUGCAUGUUCGCGGGUGCCAUGUAGCCGGGCUUCCUCAUUCUCCCCUUCUCUCUAUUUCUCUCUCUCUCUCUCUCUAGUUCUCUCUCUCUCUCUCUCUCCC